UUUUUUUUAGUAAACGUGGAAAUUGCUAUCAGCGCUCCAUAGUGUUGCAUUAUUGAACUAAAAACUUAUCUCAUUGUCAGAUAGUUGUAUAUAUAUAUAUAUUUAUAUAGAUAAGAAAACUGUACUUUAGAUUUUAUUUUUCAAUUUCAUUUUUUUUUUUUGGCGAACGAAUUUUAACGAAUGUUUUAAUAGUGAUUUUUAUAAAUAAUUAAUAUAAUUAGUGAAAAAUAUAUUGAAUGUUUAAUAAAUAAAAGUAAACAACAGAUCGAGUGCAAUAUAACCAAAAAAAGUUACAAGGAUAUGUAAAUAAUUAUUAUAAAUAUGUUUGAAUAACAGACACCAUAAGUGAUGACUAUCGUUUAGUGAUAUUAUAAAUAUUUAUAUAUAUAUACAUAUUUGUUUCUACCGAUCACGCAAAUUUAUUUAUCUAUUUCUUUAUAUAUCAGAGAAGCUUAUCGUGGACCAAAGAUUGACAAAAAAAAAAAAUGAAGAUAAAUUAUGUUCAGUUGCCUGUCAAACUUCAUUACUUCUUUUUUAUGGGAGCUAUGGGUCCCAUACUCCCUUUCUUACCGGUAUAUGGUAAACAACUUGGUGUUUCUCCCGUGGUGAUGGGUACCGUUACCGCGGUACUUCCAAUUUUAUUUCUUAUUGCUAAACCGCUAUUUGGAUUUUUAGUAGAUCACUUUUAUAAAUGGAGAAAAUCUAUUUUUGUAACUUUAUUAACGAUAACAAGUGGUUGUUAUAUAUGUUUAUAUUUUGUACCACCAAUACCUCACAAUUUAAAACAAAUGUCAUCAAAUUAUACUUUCAAAGAUAUUUCAUGUUCGUCACUUUUUGACUGCAAUUUUAAUAAUGAAGUAACGUUGAAUUGUAUAAAAAAGAAAAAUGUAACGUGCCGUUGGAUAUGCGACAAUGAAAACAAUUCAUCAUUUUUACGAAUUAACGAAGAAGAAUCAUUGAGCGAAUUUUGUAUGAUCGAUGCAACUAAAGUUUCUAAUUGUUCGAUGAAUAAUAAUAAUUGUAACAUGACGAACAUAGUUUUGGAAGAUACAUAUAAUUUGUAUAUAUCUAUGACAUUCUGGAGUUUUAUAAUUUUAAUGUCACUUGGUAAUAUAGGUUUUAAUAUUUCAAAUUGUAUUAGCGAUGCAAUUUGUUUCGAUGUAUUAGAAUUGUUGAAAUUGAAGCCAAUAUUUAUAUUUUUAUGCUUUGCUACUCUCAGCGGUAUUUUAGAUAGCUUCUUGAUUUAUUUUUUGUUUUGGUACUUGGAGGAUCUUUCAAAAGUUACAGGGCAUAUGGAUAAAAUUAAAUUAAUAGAAGGACUGAUAGUAGCGGCUGAAACUUUAGGCGGCGAAGUAAUAUUCUUUUCAUUUUCUGGUAAAAUUUUGAAAAAAAUUGGAUAUGGAUACAGUUUUGCAUUUUGCUUAUUAUGUUAUUCCAUAAGAUUUUCAUUAAUAUCUUUGGCAUCAACACCAUGGUGGGUAGUACUUAUCGAACUCUUUAUGCAAGGUCCAACUUAUGCACUUUGUUAUACAACUAUAGUUGCAUAUGCAAGUGCUGUAUCACCACCAGGAACAUCUGCUACAGUUCAAGGAAUUGUUGCUGGAAUGGACGAUGGUUUAGGUUACGCUAUUGGUAGUUUAAUCGGCGGAAUAUUAUACAAAGAAGUGGGAGGUGUAAUAACUUUACGAAUAUUUGCUACAGUUGCGGUGUUUUCUUCGUUGAUCUAUGUAAUUUUACAUAUUACUUAUUUGAAACACACAACGCCAGAUACUAGACGAAAUGUUGAAUGGAAGUCACCUGAACAGGCAAAUAUGGAAUUUAGUGUUGCCGAAAGAUAAUAUAAUAAACGAAUUAUAGACAGAGGUAUAUCAAGAUAUAUAUUAAUAAUAAUCAAGAUUAUU